AUGAAUCGUCCACCACCACAGGGCCGUGGCCAAGCUGGCCUGGGUUCAACGGGCGCGACAUGGUAUCCAGGGGGCGAGGACCACUAUAUCAUGCCUGAACUCGUGUCUCCUGCUCCUCAAAGGGUCAUGCCAGAAGUCCCCGAGAACAUGCAGGACAAUAUUGCUCAGUUCGAACACCAAGCCCGCAGCCCCCAUCGCAUGCCGCAGUACGGACACGCUCCCGCCCAGUUCGAUCGCUCGCGUUUCCCCGAACGAAGCUCAUCCGCCGCUGUCGUCCAGGGCCAACCUCUUCACUCUGGCUACGAGGCGACACACUACGAGCAGUCCGCCGACGUGUACGACGUGAUGGACACCCCCAACUUCUCACCCUUCCCCGUCUUACGGAACCCUCCUCCCAAUGUACCUCCCACCGAUGAGCAGAAGGAAGCAAACUUAGAGAAGGCGCGGGUGCCUGUGCUGUCCUCCAAUGACCCCGAGAUGCAGCUGAACUGGGCUCAGGACGUCCUGGCCUAUGUAGAGGUUGCGAUGCAAAACGAGGCUCGCCUGUCCGUGAUCCAACCUCCGCGUUCGCAGACCCCUCCGGUUGAGCGCCGGCUGCGAGAAGACGCCAUGAACAUCGUCAAUUUCUUGGCUGAGCAGUACCAUCCCAAGGCGGAAUUCAUAAAGGGUAUGUGGCUUGAAUUCGGCAAGUUUGGAUUCCGAGUGGACAAGAAGGAGGCUUUCCGCUGCUAUUCAAGGGCAGCGGAGAAAGGAUAUGCAAGGGCGGAGUACCGCAUUGGAAUGCAGUUUGAAAGUUCCGGUGAGCCCGAGAAGGCCAUCAGGCACUACGAGAAGGGUGUCCAUUUCCAAGACUCGGCUUCAUACUAUCGCUUGGGUAUGAUGAUUCUGCUUGGCCAGCAUGGUCAGCGCCAGGAUUACCAAAUGGGUCUUGAUUAUAUUAGUCGCGCCGCGGAAUCCUGCGACGAGAAUGCGCCUCAGGGAGCCUAUGUUUAUGGCAUGCUUCUAGCUCGAGAGCUUCCUCAGGUGAAUGUUCCCGAAACUUACCUCCCGCUCGACCUUAAUGCCUCUCGCGUCAACAUCGAAAAGGCCGCAUAUCACGGGUUUGCCAAAGCGCAGGUCAAGAUGGGAGCCGCAUAUGAACUGUGCCAGCUUGGCUGCGAUUUCAACCCCGCACUAUCCCUGCAUUACAACGCGCUUGCUGCGCGCCAGGGUGAGCCUGAGGCAGAGAUGGCUAUCAGCAAAUGGUUCCUCUGCGGCCACGAAGGUGUAUUCGAGAAGAAUGAUGAGCUGGCGUUCACGUACGCCCAGAGGGCAGCUCAAAGCGGCCUUCCCACCGCCGAGUUCGCCCUGGGGUACUUCUACGAAGUCGGCAUCUAUGUGCCAGUCGAUAUCAAGGAAGCGAAGAGCUGGUACGCGAAAGCUUCAGCGAGCGGAAACAAGGAUGCAACUGGCCGGAUUGACAGCAUCUCGCGGUCAAAGACCCUAUCCCGUAGGGACCACGAACAAGUUGCGAUUGCACGCAUCAAGUCGACUCGUUAUGGUCACCAACGUGGGGCAUCGCAACAGUCAAUGCAACAGCCAAUGCAACCGGUUGCGGAGAACCUUGAAAUGCCUGACCCAUCUCGAAUGAGCCUCUCGGACAACCCGCAAUCCGCGGUUCCUUAUCCCGACCGCCCCAUGCCUCAUGCCCGCCCCGGCUACCCGGCUGAUAAUCGCCCCAGCUCUGCCUUUGGAAUCAACCCGAACAUCCGUCCUAAUCCUCAACAAUACAACCGUGCCGCUUCGUACGGACCAGGACCAAUGGGUUACCGCGGACCUGGCAACGCAACUCCCCCGAGUGGCCCACACACCCCGGGCUCGGGAGAGCCCAGGCUUGAUAUCGGCUAUCAGGCACCUCUAGAGCCCCAAAAGGAUAUGCGGAGACGCCCGCAACGCCUGGACAAUGUCCCUGAUCGGAAGCCGGCGCGGACUCCCGUUUCUGGCUACUCCUCCGGCGGCAUGCCUUCUCCACGCCCCUCUCCCUCCUCCGCUAACUUCCCCCCACGCGCCGAAUCAAUGCAAUCGCAAUCCCCCUCAGCAACGCCCAAACCUGGCCCUGCUCCCCAAGCGGCUGCUCCGCCUGCCCAGCAGAAACCUGCCAAAACAGGAAACCUUCCCGGCAAAGGCCCAAAGACAUUUGAGGAGAUGGGCGUUCCAAACGCCCCGAAAGAGAGCGAUUGCAUUGUCAUGUGA